ACAUGGCGGCCGGACGCUCGGCGCAGACUUCCGCGUUCGCUCUUUGGACUAUUUUCCUGUGGAUAUUCACUACGGAGGCCGCUGAAGAAGUUUUGAUGGACACAAGAACCAUGUCAACGUUAGCAGGAUGGACAGUCAACCCAAGCAACUCCUGGAUUGAGGUGAGCAACAUCAACCCCGAAACCGGCCACCCGGUCAGAACGUACCAAGUCUGCCAAGUCCAGCGGGAAGACCAGAACAACUGGCUCAGAACGGAGUGGAUCCCGAAAAAGGAGGGGCAGCGAAUCUACGUGGAAAUCCGGUUCUCAAUCCGCGAGUGCCGAGAUAUACCGAACGUCGUCUCGUGUAAGGAAACCUUCGACUUUUACUACUUCGAGUCCGACGCAGACGACGCUACGGACGAAUAUCCGGCCUGGAACGAGUCCGCGUACACGAAAGUGGACCGGAUCGCCGCGGACGGAAGAUUCAGCAACGUCAACGUGCAGGAGGUCAACAAGGAGAUCCGCAACAUCGGCCCGAUCAACAAGAACGGAUUCUACCUGGCGUUCCAAGACUCUGGUGCGUGCAUGUCGCUUCUCUCCGUCCGCGUGUACUACAAGGUUUGCCCGACGGUGUCGCACAGUUUGGCGACGUUUAACAAGACGGUGACGGGACCGGAGGUGACGUCCCUUGUCCAGGCGGCCGGGUCUUGCGUGCCGAACGCCGAAGUCUCGGCCCAGCCGACCGUACAGUGCACCAGCGACGGCAAGUGGACACUGUUCACCGGUGGAUGCCAAUGUCUUCCUGGCCAUGAACCAGAUACUGACGGCUGCACCGGUCCCAAGCUUUGA